AUAAUGAAUAUAAACUAUUAGAAAAAAUGAAAGUCUAGGAAAGUCACUUUGUCUUACUCACUUUAGCUUCUCAACAAAAUGUAUCCUCACUUUUAUUUGCACUCUGAACCUAUUUCUGGAAGUGAAUCUGAAAAAAGUUGCAUGCGGGUUUAUAAUAGUUAUGCAACACGGUGGUGCUCAUUUCUCUGUUUCUGUGACAGCUUGUCCAGUUAAUCUUUUUGUGUCUUCAAGUGCCCUUAAGAAUUACUGCAUCCCUAAUACUGGGUUAUCGAACCAAUCUGACAUCUGAAACCUCUCUGACUCUUUGUUUGCUCUGAUAUGUGACGGCAGCCUCUUUUCUCUUUCCCUGUGUUCUAAUCUCUCAUCAAAUCAUCUUCUAUGACCCAUGGACUCCGGAAAUGUCACCGUCAUUAUUUACUCUGUUAUCCCUUAAUUCACACGCACUCAAUCACAUCCCUGCUCAUAAAUAUUCCUCCUCAUCAUCUACACCUCACACCUACAUCUCAACAUCGGAUGUCAAAACCUCAUUACAAUACUGGAUGUCACCUUUCUAUCACCUCCAUCCUUCUCUCUAUCCCUCCAUCCUGGUGGUCUGUUUUCCUGGCUUUAUCCAGCCUUCUACAGCGCGGCCCCUCUCACCUCGGCGGGCAUCAUUCCCAUCAUGCAGUCGCUGUGUCCGGAUGGUCAGAGGGAUGAGUUUGGCUUCCUGCAAUAUAAAAACUCCACUGUGACUCAGUUGUUGGAGAGGAUUAGUGAGGUUGUUGAGCAGAAUCACUUGUUUACGUCAGACGGGCCGAGUCUGGGGGAGGAGCUGGAGUCACUGCAGCAGCACCUGGAGAGUCUCAGCUCGGCACACGGCCCUUUUGACAGUCACUACAACAGCAGCCAUGGUUUCACUGUAGGAAGCAUCCUCAGGAAUCAGUCGGCGUUCCAGCAGUUUCUGACCAGAAACCUUUCCCUGCCGAACGACACCGCCAGCCUGCUGAUCUCCUCCCCCAUCAAUCUGAAAGAGGUGUACAAUCUCAUUUUUGGAACUUAUCCUAAAGUUGGAACAAGGAGAGAAAGAAGAGAUGAAGGACAGCAAGGUCCAGGAGAAAAGCUUGUACAGCUGGAGAAGCAGUUACUUGGUGGCUUGCGGAGUCUGGAGGGGGGUCUUAUUCAGAAGGCGUUGAGAGACCCCACUAACGCAGCUCACCGCCAGGCUCUACUCAAAGUUAUGUCUCAGGCAUUGGGAAUCACAGGGGGUGAAAUAGGUCAAAAAUUUGAUCCUCAAGCCCUGCAUGAGAUGGAGGGAAUUCUGUUAACUGGUGCAGUACUAGAAACGCUCACUUGUGGAGAGGGAGGAAACAGCGAGUUGAGCAAAAUCCUGUUGGUUCCUGAAAAACAACAGGCAGCUUUGCAGGCAUACCGAAUGACCGUCUGUGGUGGCGAGGCGGGGCAGAGGGCGAAGAUUUUUGGGGAGAUGAGCGAAGAGCUGAGAGAGCAGAUUGAUACACAGAGGGUGUUUGAAAAGUUACGUCUUGAGCAGUCUAACGCAUCUGGUCUGUUGGAUCAGUCUCAUCUUGCGGCUCUGCUGAAGAAUCUGGCUGAUGUGGAAAGGCUACUGAGGGAUGUGGAUCUGUUGUCAGGCCUGGCCAGACUGCUCCCUAAAGGGGCUUGUGCAGGUCACCAGCCCCCUCCCGCAGCCAACACCACCUCCUGGAGCUCCAACACAACAACAUGGGGUCCCAACACAACAGAUAGCCCGGGGGAAGAAGGAGAGGGAUCUGCAGGAAAUGAAGCGGAAGCUGAAAAUCCCAAAUCGCAGUUUUCUGCUUUUGUUCAGCUGUGGGCAGGUCUUCAACCCAUUCUGUGUGGAAAUAACAGGAUUAUUGAGCCAGAAGCUCUGAAACAGGGAAAUAUGAGUUCCCUGGGCUUUACCAGCAAAGAACAACGAAACCUGGGUUUACUGGUUCAUCUCAUGACUACGAAUCCCAAAAUCCUCUACUCUCCCAUUGGUUCAGAGGUGGAUAAGGUCAUACAAAAGGCCAAUGAAACGUUUGCGUUUGUGGGGAACGUGACUCACUAUGCCCGUGUGUGGCUCAACAUCUCGGCUGAACUGAGAACUUUUUUAGAGGAGGGUAAACUGCACAAUCACCUGGUGUGGCUCCAACAGUUCAUCGCUGACCUUAAGAAGCAUCAUGAAAUGUUAAACGGCUCAGACAGUGAGCUGUUGAACACUCUGAUGGAGGAGAACUUCACGCUGCCUAACACAACCACCCUCCUGGAGCAGCUCCACACCAUUGAUAAUGCUGCCUGCGGAUGGACACACUUCAUGUCAAAGGUCAGUGUGGAUAUUUUCAGAGGCUUCCCUGAUGAAGAAAGCAUUGUCAACUAUACACUCAGCCAGGCCUAUCAGGACAACGUCUCUGUCUUUGCAAGUGUUAUUUUCCAGACUAAUAAAGACGGCAGUCUGCCCCCCCACGUUAUGUAUAAGAUCCGACAGAACUCCAGUUUUACAGAGAAAACCAAUGAAAUCCGUCGAGCUUAUUGGCGCCCUGGGCCGAACACGGGUGGAAAAUUUUACUUCCUGUAUGGCUUUGUGUGGAUUCAAGAUAUGAUUGAACGGGCAAUCAUCAACACGUUUGUGGGUCAUGAUGUGGUGGAUCCUGGAAACUACGUGCAGAUGUUUCCCUAUCCAUGUUACACCAGAGACGAUUUCCUGUUUGUGAUUGAGCACAUGAUGCCUCUGUGUAUGGUCAUAUCGUGGGUGUACUCUGUGGCCAUGAUGAUCCAGCACAUCGUAGCAGAGAAGGAGCAAAGGUUAAAAGAGGUGAUGAAGAUGAUGGGCUUGAAUAACGCAGUGCACUGGGUGGCCUGGUUUAUCACCGGCUUCGUGCAGCUUUCGAUCUCGGUGACCGCUCUCACUGCCAUACUGAAAUACGGCAAAGUCCUCCUUCACAGCGAUCCUUUUAUCAUCUGGCUCUUUCUUACAAUCUACGCCAUCGCCACCAUCAUGUUCUGCUUCCUGGUGUCAGUGUUGUACUCUAAAGCAAAACUGGCUUCAGCAUGUGGAGGAAUCAUCUACUUUCUGAGUUACGUGCCGUACAUGUAUGUGGCCAUCAGAGAAGAGGUGGCUCACGACAAGAUUACUGCCUUUGAGAAGUGCAUUGCGUCUUUAAUGUCUACAACAGCGUUUGGUCUGGGCUCUAAAUACUUUGCCCUGUAUGAAGUGGCUGGGGUGGGGAUCCAGUGGCGCACUAUCAACCAGUCACCUGUAGAGGGCGAUGAUUUUAACCUCCUCCUGUCUGUGGUCAUGCUUAUCAUUGAUGCCAUUGUGUACGGUGUGCUCACCUGGUACAUUGAGGCUGUGCAUCCAGGGAUGUAUGGGCUGCCCCGCCCAUGGUACUUUCCUUUGCAGAAAUCCUAUUGGUUGGGUAGUGGACGUAUCGAGACAUGGGAGUUGCCGUGGAGCAGCAGCACAAGGCUGAGUGUGAUGGAAGAGGACCAGGCUUGUGCUAUGGAACACAGACGCUCAGAGGAAACUCGUGGAAUUGAAGAAGAGCCCAGUCACUUACCGCUUGUGGUGUGCAUAGACAAACUGACCAAAGUCUACAAGACUGGGAGCAAACUGGCCCUAAACAAGUUAAGCUUAAACCUGCAUGAGAACCAGGUCGUUUCCUUCCUGGGACACAAUGGGGCUGGCAAGACCACCACUAUGUCCAUUCUCACUGGACUGUUUCCGCCCACCUCUGGCUCCGCUACCAUAUACGGCCAUGACAUUCGCACAGAGAUGGAGCGCAUCCGACAAAAUUUAGGCAUGUGUCCUCAGCACAACGUUCUGUUUGACAAGCUGAGCGUGGAGGAACAUUUGUGGUUCUACUCGCGUCUUAAGGGCAUGGCUGAAGAGGACAUCCGCAAGGAGAUGGACAAGAUGAUAGAAGAUCUAGAGCUGUCCAACAAGCGUCACAGCCUGGUACAGACUCUGUCUGGGGGGAUGAAGAGGAAGCUGUCGGUGGCGAUCGCGUUUGUGGGUGGGUCACGGGCUGUGAUUUUGGAUGAACCCACAGCAGGGGUCGACCCCUAUGCACGUCGGGCAAUCUGGGAUCUCAUUCUAAAAUAUAAACAAGGCCGUACCAUUCUGCUCUCGACUCACCAUAUGGAUGAGGCUGAUCUGUUGGGAGACCGUAUCGCCAUCAUCUCUCACGGCAAGCUGAAGUGCUGCGGUUCACCGCUGUUUCUCAAGAGCACAUAUGGAGAUGGCUACAAGCUCACUCUUGUCAAGUCGCAGAGUGACUCACACGCUGCAGAUCAGUCAAGCCAGUCUCCGUCCGCUUUGAUAUCUCCGUGUUCAGAGAGCAGAGUUACACACUUCAUCCGUCAGUACGUGGCCUCCUGCCUGCUGGUGUCCGACUCCAACACUGAGCUCUCUUAUGUCCUGCCGUCAGAGGCGGUGAAGAAAGGCUGUUUCGAGAGGCUCUUUCAGGCUCUGGAGCAGAGUUUGGACCGCCUGGCUUUGACCAGCUUCGGUGUGAUGGACACUACACUGGAGGAGGUCUUUCUGAAGGUUUCAGAGGAGGAUCUGUCUCUGGAGAACAGCGAUGCAGAUAUGAAAAGCUCUCCUGGUGGAGCAUCAGCAGGAAAACCCACCAUUCCGCUUGGAGGGCCACAUUCUGAGGGAGCCCCAUCCGGGGCCGUGAUCCGGCCGGAGGUGGAGCUCAGUAACCUCAUGAUGUGUUCCAGACUGAGCCCAAGCCAGGCGUCACUGCAGUCGGGCUCAUCUCUGGGCUCAGUGAGAGGGGAUGAAGGGGGUCUCUAUGCAGACUUCUAUGGAGACUACUGUCCUCUGUUUGAUAAUAGCCAGGAUCCUGACUCGGCCAGUAUUAGAGAUGAAGAGCGCUCUGCUGAGCGGGCCUUACAGGAGGGUCAGGGUAGCUUCAAGCUCGAGGGCUGGUGGCUCAAACUUCGUCAGUUUCAUGGGCUGAUAGUGAAAAGGUUUCACUGCGCCAAGAGGAACACCAAGGGCAUUUUCUCUCAGAUCCUGUUGCCCGCUUUCUUCGUCUGUGUGGCCAUGACCGUAGCCCUGUCUGUGCCAGAGAUUGGUGAUCUCCCCCCCCUCAUUCUGUCUCCAUCUCAAUAUCACAACUACACACAACCUCGUGGAAACUUCAUCCCGUAUGCCAAUGAAGACAGGCUUCAAUACAGGUCCGACAAAACAAUUAGUAAAAUGUCUCCAGACGCCACCCCGCAGUGGAUAGUAAACACCCUUCGCCUGCCCUCCGGAGUGGGUGCGACUUGUGUGCUAAAAACUCCCUUUAACAGCACUCUGGACCAGCUGGCACAAACGCUGAACCCGUACGCCAACAACUCCAAAACUCUGGCAGCCCGCUACUUUGACUCCAUGUGCCUAGAUUCCUUCACUCAGGGUGUGCCUUUAUCCAAUUUCGUGCCCCCGCCUCCCUCACCUGCCCCCUCAGAUGACCCAGAGGUACAUUUUGAAGACAGCGUUUGGAACUAUACCGAUGCUCCGCCCACUACCGUCAGAGAGAUGGCAACCCCACCCCCAACACUGCCACUGACCAUCCGGGAGCCCGUCCGCUGCAUCUGCUCCAUGCAGGGCACAGGCUUUUCCUGUCCCAGUGGAGUUGGGGGCCGUCCACCUCUUAUGAAGGUAGUAACUGGAGACAUCCUUGUGGACAUCACUGGUCGCAAUGUAUCCGAAUAUCUCCUUUACACCUCUGAUCGACUCCGAUUACACAGAUAUGGAGGCUUCACAGUUGGAAACAUCCAGAAAUCUGUUCCUGCAUCCUUUGGCAGAAAAACUCCACCUAUGGUGCGCAAAAUAGCAGUGAGGCGAUCCUCACAGGUGCUGUACAAUAACAAAGGAUAUCACAGCAUGCCCACUUACCUGAAUGUCCUCAACAAUGCCAUUCUCAGAGCCAAUCUGCCCAAAAGUAAAGGAAACCCCGCUGCAUACGGCAUCACGGUGACCAAUCAUCCGAUGAACAGGACCAGUGCCAGUCUUUCUUUGGACUAUUUGCUCCAGGGCACUGAUGUGGUUAUUGCCAUCUUUAUCAUCGUAGCCAUGUCCUUUGUGCCAGCCAGCUUCGUGGUCUUUCUUGUAGCAGAAAAAUCCACCAAGGCUAAGCACCUGCAGUUUGUCAGCGGUUGUGACCCUGUCAUCUACUGGCUGGCAAACUACAUAUGGGACAUGCUUAACUACCUGGUUCCAGCCACAUGCUGUGUCCUAAUUCUGUUUGUGUUCGACCUUCCUGCAUACACAUCACCUACAAAUUUCCCAGCAGUGAUCUCUCUGUUCCUCCUUUAUGGCUGGUCUAUAACCCCCAUCAUGUAUCCAGCUUCUUUCUGGUUUGAGGUGCCCAGCACAGCCUAUGUGUUUCUCAUAGUCAUCAAUCUCUUCAUUGGCAUUACAGCCACAGUGGCCACUUUCCUGCUGCAGCUCUUUGAGCGAGACAAGGAUCUGAAGUUGGUUAACAGUUACCUGAAGUCCUGCUUUCUCAUCUUCCCCAACUAUAACCUGGGUCAUGGUUUGAUGGAGAUGGCGUACAAUGAGUACAUCAACGAAUAUUACGCCAAAAUAGGCCAGUUUGAUAAAGUGAAGUCGCCAUUUGAAUGGGACAUUGUGACACGGGGAUUGGUUGCGAUGACCAUUGAGGGAUUUGUUGGCUUUCUUAUCACAAUUCUGUGCCAGUACAACUUCCUCAGGAAAGCUCAGAGAGUGCCUGUCAACAGCCAGCCGGUCGAGGACGAUGAUGUGGACGUGGCCUGUGAGAGCCGCAGAGUGCUGAGAGGAGAUGCUGACAACGACAUGCUGAAGAUUGAAAACCUCACCAAGGUCUACAAGUCUCGCAAGAUGGGCCGGAUCCAGGCGGUGGACCGUCUGUGUCUGGGGGUCCGUCCUGGGGAAUGCUUUGGGCUGCUGGGGGUGAACGGGGCAGGAAAGACCACCACCUUCAAAAUGCUGACAGGAGAUGAGAGCACGACGGGUGGAGAGGCCUUUAUUCAAGGAAACAGCAUCCUGCGGGAGCUCUUGCGAGUCCAGCAGAGCAUCGGUUACUGCCCUCAGUUCGACGCCCUGUUUGAUGAUCUGACAGCUCGAGAACAUCUGGAGCUGUACACUCGCCUCCGCGGAAUCCCCUGGAAGGAUGAGGAACGGGUGGUUCAGUGGGCUCUGGAGAAAUUGGAGCUGUCCAAGUAUGCCGACAAACCUGCUGGCACAUAUAGUGGAGGAAACAAACGCAAACUCUCCACAGCAAUCGCUCUGAUUGGAUACCCCUUGCUUAUCUUUCUGGACGAGCCCACCACAGGAAUGGACCCAAAGGCUCGCCGUUUCUUAUGGAACCUAAUUCUUGACAUCAUCAAGACAGGACGUUCGGUGGUUUUGACGUCACACAGUAUGGAGGAGUGUGAAGCUCUGUGCACUAGACUGGGCAUCAUGGUCAACGGCAGGUUCAAGUGUAUGGGGAGCAUCCAGCAUCUCAAAAACAGGUUUGGGGAUGGAUACAUGAUCACGGUUCGCACCAAGACCACUGCUAGCGUCAAAGAAGUGAUCCGUUUUUUCAACAGAAAUUUUCCAGAGGCUAUAUUAAAGGAGCGGCACCACACAAAGAUUCAGUACCAGCUGAAGUCCGAGAAUAUCUCUCUGGCUCAGGUCUUCAGCAAGAUGGAGCAGGUGGUGGAGGUGCUGAGCAUCGAGGAUUAUUCGGUCAGCCAGACAACCUUGGACAAUGUUUUUGUCAACUUUGCAAAAAAGCAAAGUGACAACUUAGAACCGCAAGAAAGUUCUCCCUCUAGUGGUGGUCAGUCUCCACUGCAGCGACUGCUCAACAUCCUCAGGCCUCGUCCGGCUAACACAGAACUCAGUGCACUGGUCAGCGAAGAGCCGGAGGAACUGGAGAGUGAUGAUGAUGAAGGACUGAUCAGCUUUGAGGAGGAGAGGGUGCAGUUAUCCUUUAAUACAGACACUUUAUGCUAAACUGUUAAUCUCACAGAUAGAGAUGUAAAAAUCAAAACAAGCCUCAAGUUCAGACAUGUGUCUGUCUGAUCAAAGACAUUUGUGCGCUUUUUCUCUUUGGAGAGGAUCCGUCUCUCUGGCUCUGCGAGUGGGUUGUACUUGUUUCCAUUUGCACAUCAACAGCAGAGCAAGAGAACAGCUCCUCUGGGAACUCUAAACAGAGAAACAGUCAGUGCCUGAACAGGACAGGCCAGCGAGAGCGGGACUCCGGGGUACUAAAUGUGUUAGACAGCUUUGUCCACAAGCUGCAUUUUGGAGAUGAUGGUUUAUGGAAUCGUGUCCUUUAUAUUCAAGCCUGCUGGAUGGGAAUGAAAGAGAAUGUAUUUGUUGCGUGUUUAUUUUGGUAUCGCUUUAAAUUUGGUAAAUUGUUGUACGAUCUUUUAACCGACCCAUCACAUUUUUAUCCGUAGUGUUCAAGCCUACAUAACCAUCCCUCAUGGAAUAUGACCGCUAUGGGUUCAACCUUUGCAGUUUGUUGCUUAUCCUAACCUUGAGUUGAAACCAUGGAAACUACUGUAAGCAUAUAUUUUUCUUGGACCUAACUUGUUUAUUUGUACUUGCAUUGAGAGCAUGCAUUAAAGACAAGGCUGUCGUAUUGUGGGUUGAAGAAAUUUUACUAUGCUUAAAUGUCUCGAAAAGAUCUCUUGUUCUUUUGAAUUGUUGAAGAAUGCAAAUGUAUCCGUGCACCUUCGUGGAAGUUCUUACACUGGACAUUCUUAGCGAAUGACUUGUAACUAACAUCUUAAGUGGACCGAACCAGCCCUAAAAUAGAGAAGCUGGAUGUGUAUGACCUGUUGUUGAAUAAACGCGGCAUAAAUGUGUUUUGUGCUGACAUGUGUAUCCUGAACCAGGGGUUUCUCACUUGUUUUAAUGGCUUCAUUUUGUUUAAACACUGUAUUUAAUGCCAGUGUCUGUCUUGGUAAAAGUUAUGUGUUUUAUCGCUAAUGCUUAAAAACGGAACAUCACCAGAUGUCAGCCGAAACGCUCCGCAUAUACUGUACCAGAUGUCAGUAGAAAUGUCCAUUAUACUUGUCACGCUAUCACUGUGAAGCCAAAGGUGAACUUUGAGUCACUGUUAUUACAGAUAAACAGAAAUCAGGUCAUUGCUCUUUAUUAUUAUAUUUAGCCCAAUAUGUUCAAUGAAUAUUGAACGGCAGAUGGUUUACGUUUAAGUCGUCAUUCAGUUUUGCACUGUAAUGUAAUUUCUUUUGCCCUAAAACCAGUGGAUUGUAUCGCUACAUUUGAAGGAUUCUUCUGCUGAAUCUAGGAUUAUGAUAAUUUAUGUCAUUGAUGUAUAGAAAUGUUAAGUCCCUUUGCUUGGUGACAGUCUAACUGUGUUUAGUCUCUUGCACAGUGGUCAGCACAUAGUACUUAAAUGGUGUCUUAUUUUUCUGACAUUGCGGCAUAUGCUUACUAUUUUUAACUCCUCAAAGAGGAUUGACAUAAAAAUGCCCUUGGUGCGGUUUUGACAUAUGAUGACCAAAGGGAAACAUUUGAACAUGUUACGUUAUGACUGGCUAUGCGGAAACUGACCUAACAAACAAUUUACUUAAUGAUCAAAAGUCUUUGAUUAUUGAACGGAAAACCUCAACAGCCUAACUAAAGAUGAGAACAAGCUGCUUAACUAGAAAUUGACAUGUGCAGUGAUUUAAGACACCAGCAAUCGUGUGAUUCUGUAUCAUUAAAAAUAGCAUUGACUUGAUCUUGUUUGGAGAACGGAGUGGGGUAUUUUGUUUUAUCUUUACAGUGCUUUGGAAUGUAAAUUCAGUCCAUGUGAAUUUGAUUCUAUAUUUAUGAACGUUUUUCAUUCAGUAAUACCUUUGUUUUGAUGGACUUCCUUGUAACAAGAUUGACUGGACCUUUAAAGCUUGUUUAAAAUUACUUUUAUUGUCUCCGUUCUCUUGUGCUAACUGGGGUAAAAUUAUGUUUUUAAUAUUACCAGAGAGAAAAGAGAAUAAUUCAAUAAAUGGUUCAAUUGA